UAGUAAAGUUAACUCUUUCCUGACUUGAGGUGAAACCGAAGGAGGGAGAAUAACGCGAUAGUUUCUCCCCCCCAGCAGGCGGCAGUGGCGGGAUCUCGAUCUCUCCCCGCACUCGCCUGAACCUUUUAAAGCGAACGAGUGUGGAGUCGAGAAAGACUAUUGAGUAGCGCGGAGCAGCGGCAAGUGGAGUUCGACGCCAUGAUAGAGCGUCCGUACGCUAGCGUAAGGAAAGGGAACUAGAGUUCUAGACCAGCUUCGGUGUCUUCUCCGGAUGUGACGUAAAAGAGACGGUUUGGCAGAAGCCUAACGGUUUGGGUUGUUUGUUUGUUUUUUGCUGGGAAAGGAGGACUAUGGAGUUAUACUUCCAGGGUGCCUAGAGCAACACAGGAAAUGCGGCCUCAGCCAACGAGGGACCGGCCAGAACGACCACGGAAGGGACUGAUACUUCAUGGGUCCAGGGGCUACCGGCAUAAUUAAGAAGGUGCCGGAAAAGGAAAACCAGAGCGUCAGAAGGUCAAGCAAGAGGGAGGCGCAAGAGCAGUAGAGAUGGCUACUGUAGAGAGAGCUAGAGCGGUUUUUGGAGGACUCUCCCAGGUCGGGGCUGGGGUUUAAGUGAGGCUUCGGCGCCAUGUCCUGUGCCUACAUCUUCAAAUACAUCAUCAUCGGGGACAGCGCUGUUGGGAAAUCAUGCCUCUUGUUACAGUUCACAGACAAACGGUUCGCAGCUACACAUGACAUGACCAUAGGUGUGGAGUUUGGGGCACGGAUGGUCACCAUUGACAACAAAAAGAUCAAGCUGCAGAUAUGGGACUCGGAUGGACAGGAAGCCUUCCGCCCCAUCACCCGCCAGUUCUACAGGGGCGCAGCCGGUGCACUGCUGGUCUACGACAUCACCAGUGACUUGGAGAACCAACGAGCUGUACAGAAGGAAGAAGGGGAGGCUUUUGCCCGGGAACACGGCAUGGUUUUCAUGGAGACAUCUGCAAAGACGGCAGCCAACGUAGAAGAGGCCUUUCUCAACACAGCUAAAACCAUCUAUAGCAAGAUACAGCAGGGUCAGUUUGACAUUGCCAAUGAGGGAAACGGCAUCAGGAUCGGCCCCCAGCAACCAUCAGGUGCAUACUCCGGAUCCCCUGUCUGCCAGGGUCCUCAAGGCUCUGGAGACCGGUCAUGCUGCUGCUGAGUUUCCCUUGAAAUCCAGCUAGGCCCAUUGAGGCUUGGGAACACAUGGGAAGAUGCCUCCUUGCUCUCUCUUUUUUUCAAUUUCAGGCAUCAUGCUGGAGAAGAGGAUCUUCCAAGCCAACCUUCUCUCAACCCCAUAACAGCCUACCUCUUCUCUCCUAAUGUGGAGAUUGGGGUCAUCCUGGACUUAGAGUUGUUUCUGGCCAGGAGGGGAGGAGGUACUAGCAACUCUUUUGAAUGCCUCCAAUUUGGGGAUCUCUCUUCACCUCCUUAUAGGGGAAGGGUGCUUCCAGGUUCCCUCCUCGCCCCUUAAUCUGCCUUCCCUCCCCCCCACCAUCAGCAGUUUCCUCUCCCACUGUUGAAGAUUUCCACUCCCCCAGCUUUGGAUUCACAGACCCCCAGUGUGUGUGUGUCAUCCAGGCCACUCUGCCUGAUCUUAGAUUUUAAGCUAUACUGUACUGUUGUUUUAUCUUGGUAUUAAAUGUUUCCGCGUUCGACAA